AUGGGUUUCCAAUAGCUUUAAACCCACCUGCGCUUGCGACAAUUCUUAUUGGCAUGGGAACGUUCCAAUAUUCAGGAAAUCGUCGAGUUCUUGAGAUAGAAAGAUUGCUAAAUACAUACACAGAAAAUUUCACGUAGCAAGGCUGAAGAAGUUAGUCGUUUAGCAGAACAGGACUCGAAAACGCCGUCGCGUGCGUUCUAUUCGUCUCGCCGGAGAUGACAACUUCAAAAGACUACCUAACGGUACCCCUAACGCGUAAAUUCGGCAGCAUGCCGACAUUGGCUCAGAAAACCGCCAUUUCACUCGAUCUCCGCGACGAAGGAUUUAAGCCUCGCAGAGUUUCUGGAAGCUCUGACCCAGAAAAAACGGGAAUUAAACUUAGCGAAACGCACGGAGUCUAUGAGCUACCCCUUGUCAAGGUAUCUUUCGAAACACCCGCCAACAGCGCUUACGGUGCCAACAUUUGGCGGGAAAAUGGAUGGCACAGUCCGUUGCUUGAGCAACCGCAGACCUUAGGAGUGUCCCGGAUAGAAGCAAGGGAAAGUAAUAUGCCAAAUAAGGGAAAAAUGACCGUUGGGAGUGCCGGGAAAUGGAGGCCGGACGAGGCUCUGACAUUUCUGCCAAGUCGAUAUUCUGAGUGGUUCAACAUGAGUUCGUCUUUCAAUUCUAGAAUAGGAGUGAAAACCGCUGACACUAGCGCUAAACAACAAACACAGCAGUCAAGAGGACAAAAUAGGAUGGCUAACACUGGACAAAGCCCGAAAUGCGUAAGAGCAAGAAAGUCUCUACUUCGCAGAAGAACGGACACUCCUAAGAAAACAGCGUUGACAGGUAAUAACGGUGAAAAAUAUUCACCAGUAACCUCCUUGAACAGGGAGGGUAAUUUUCAGGACUACAGACACAAAUGCACUCAGUGGUUGCAAUCUUUGCCAGACAAUAAUAUGCUAGCAAUGAAUUUGCGCUGAGACAAUAGACGGAACAUUCAAGAAUACAAACAUUUUCUUCCUUCAUUUCAAAUUCGAAUUCUCUCCUCUAUUGAGUCGCAAAGCAAUCUAGAAUUCGAAAUUAGAAGGAAACGUUCGCCAUCCUCUUAAUCAGUUAUAUGUGCAGGCCAGUGGUCAGCGUCUUCUCGCCAUGCAAAAAAGUCCUAAAAUAUUCAUCGUGUAGUUAUCGAAGUCUAAAAGGCAAACAUACACUUAGACAGCCACAUAAAUUAAAGGUAAAAUUUAAAAUAAAAUUCUUG